UGUCUGGCGUGAAUUCGCGCGACCACCGGGCGGCGGGCGCUGUUUCGGUUUUGCGCUCAGUUUGAAUUUUCCUCCCGCGCGGUUUGGUUGUUGGUUGAUCGGGCGCGUGAUUUUUCAGGCAGUAGUAGUGGAACACACGCGAAGGGGUUUAUUUCGCAGUUUUCGCCAUCGUUUUGUGUAGUUCUAUUUGAAUAAUUUAUGACCAAAAUAAAUUGAAUAAAAUCAGAAACGACAACAACAACGUGAAAAAGGGGGAGAACAUCUCCGCUGAAAAAGAAAUAUUUAUAUAGUGUGUGAGUCUAGUGAAGUGAGUUUUGACGUUCGCUAGUGAACGAAGGAGCGAUUCGCUACGGGGUGAAAUUCACUAGAAGCUAGAAAAAGGGAACACGCAGGAAACCAAGGCAACGCGACAAACAGACAACAACAUGUGUCAAGAGCGAGUAAUUAAGCUGCUGAUAUUCGGCUUUAUCGCCGGACUGUUGCUGCAGGAAUCUUCCCCCCAGCCGGCUAGCAGUAGCAGUAGUCUUUCGAAGGAACGACGAGGCGGUGGUUCGGCACUCGACGACGAUUACGAGGAUGACUACGAUGACGAUGAUGAGCUGCCGUCGAAGGAAAGUGCAGACAAUGAGAUUAGCAACCCGAAUCCUUCGUUGGCCACCCAGCUGCUUACGCGGAAUCACACCAUCGAGACGGAGCUGGACGAUACCGUCACGUUGCCUUGUCGGAUACAAAACCCGGAGUCUAACACAAUUGUGAUGUGGUACAACACCUCUAACCUGCUCUACAUCCGAACCAACAAUCACACCAACGAUCCCCGAUUAGUUCUCGGCAAAGAUUCAUCUCUGACACUCCGACACGUGCAAGCAACCGAUGACUCGAUCUACAAAUGUACGGUUCUUCCAAUCCAGCAGUCCGCCUUUAUAACACUUAAAGUUCGAGGACCGCCGUACAACAUUCAGAUAACGCAUGGUAAAAACGAUUACACCAACCGUGAGGUGGAGAUCCAGCAGCACGAUCGGAAGUUUGUCAUUCAUUGCGGUGCCUCCGGUUAUCCGACACCAUCCGUAACGUGGUCAUUCAAGGGUAAACAUUUGGAUGACGCUUAUGCCAAACACACCGGAAUCGUUAUUCGUAAAGAGUUCCUGGAAAUUCACGACGUCAAGGCUCACCACGCGGGCGAUUACGAGUGCAUGGCGCAGAACGGAGUCGGAGAGCCAGUGAGCGCCAGUGUCUCCGUUCAGAUUAAAUCCAAUGUCACAGAGUUCGGAUCCGAUGAAGAUGGUGGUUCGACCGAGUUUCCGGAUAACAAAGAAGCGCGUCCUGCGAUUGUGAAGCACGUCGAAUAUCUGAACACCGCCGUCGGUGAGAACGCCGAACUGGUUUGCCUGUAUCACAGCAACCCGGAAGCUCGCAAGGUUCAGUGGCUGCGCGGCGAUGAGCCGUUACGCAACAGCGCAAAGUAUUCGAUUGUUGAGGACCGCCAUAAUCACCAUCAGCGGACGCGUCUUACGGUGCGAAACGUCGAACAGAAGGAUCUGGUGGCCUAUGUGUGCAAAGUGGAGAAUGCGUUGGGAGAAUCAUCGGCCAAAACGAUUCUCGGCUUGUUACCGGGGUCAGCCCAUCUGGUGGACUCGAACUUCUCGAACGGACUGCUACAUACCGUGUGGAGGGUGCGAAGCGCUCAACCGCUGUCCGAUUUGCAGAUUCUGUACAAAGGGGAGAAUACCAAAUACACCACCAUCGAUGCCACAAUUUCGGAACAAAACAAGGAGGAAUCCGGUGACGUCUGGAACAUCAAGCGAUCGCUCCGUCUGCCGGAGGGCGAGUGGUUCGUAACCGCACGAGCAAGAAACACCGAGGGAUGGGCAUUUUCGGAAACCGUCCCGGUACAGUUCCAGAUCCCCAGCGAGGUGUCCCUGGAGACGCAGGGCCUAGCCGAAAGUGGUUCCCCUAGUGUGGCGCAGUCCGUCAGUUUAGGGUUGUGUUUACUGCUGUUUUCGCUGAUCUGUAGACUGUUUUAAAGAAACGCGAUAUCUUCCGUUUAGUGUAACUAUUUAAUGGUAGUUCUGUAGCUCACUGCUGUCGCUGUAAUCGCCUUCAAGAUCGGUAAUUCUUUGAACCUUUUGUCCGGAUUCGCAAGAUUUUAGAAUAAAACGAGAAAGAUCUGCAACAAAUUUCGAACUAGGCGGUGAAGGGCUCGGCCCUUCAAUGGCAGUAGGCACAAAUGUGUAAAAAUAUUUACGGUAGCUAAGUCAGUCUCACCGAAAGCCUUGUCACCAAAAAAAAAAGAAAAUAAAAACGUAAGCAUAAAACACGAAAUCAAAUAAAUCGUAUUAGUAUAAAUGUUACCUAUGAUGAUUGAUGAUGAUCCGGUUUAAAAUCGUCCACGCUUUUACUCUAUAGAUAAUCGACGGUAUAGUAGUUAGUAGGUACAACAGUUCAGAUUUACUUCAACCCUUACAUGCCCGCCACCGUUGGGCAAGGUGAAAUGCUUACAGUUCAUCCCCAAUUGACGGUAUUUGUAAAUGUUACACAACUAAGUAGUUACGUUCUAUGGAGGAAAAUAGGAGAAGCAGCACACGAGGAACCAAAUAGAGAGCAAAACGCUUUAACGUGUAAUUUUAUGUUGUAAUUCUGUUUGUUAUAAUUUCCCCUUCCCCUACCCUACUGUUAGCAACUAGUUGGACUAAAAAUUCCACUUCUGCAUUAUCAUCGGUAAAAACAAUCAAAACUAUUUUCAUCUGUUAUCUUUUAUUAUUUCCUCUCAUUGUAAAUUUGAAAAAAAAAAAAUAAGUUGUAUUCAUAUAGUUUGUAAACCAAUUUCCAUCUUUGUGUAUAAUGAAAAAAAAACAAACAUUAAUCUACAAGUAUAUGUAAUAGAAUGCGUACUAAAUAUUAGUGUUAUAAAAACAAACAAUCAUAACAAUCUACUUAAACGUGUAAGCGGGGAACAGAAGAGACGGAUUGCUAUGAUUUAAUUUUGUGUUCGCUCACCUGACAGCGACUAGAUAAUCGCAAAACUCAAAACAAACCAGCAGCAAUAGGUAGACCGGUAGCAGACAGUUUAAUAACCCAAGCCAUAGUUAAUUUAUAUAGGAAAUAGGUUUAAAGUAUUUCUCUUAUUCUGCCACGCACCCAAAACAACAAUAUCAAUAUAGCACAGGAAACACUGGAUACGGUAGUUGACUCGUCGGAUGGAGAAAGUUAUCAUUAGAGGUGUGAAAAUUGAAACAAAAAAAAACGAAUGUCUGCUGUGGCAGUUAAACAAAUCUGAUAAGUAGCAGUUGCGGAAUAAAAAUAGAAUAAAGUGAUAGGAACGAUA